AUGUUGACGUCGGCGUCACUCAUGCUGCUCUUUGAGCUUGGCUAUCUAUUUCUAGGUGUUCAGGCUCGAGCUAUCGAAUCUCGAAAUUCUAUUCCAACAACCGAACAUGUGUUUCCGCUCAUGAGAAGAUCUGUUGCGCCAGGUAGCAAAAUCAGCCAGCUCCCUGGGAUUGCAAAUCUUACGCGUGUUGGCGGUGGUGUUUCGUUCAGUACUAAAGUAUCUCUUGGUCAAGAAACAUAUGACAUGAUUGUUGACACUGGAUCUUCUGAUACUUGGGUUGCGUCAAAGACAUUGCAAUGUACUUACUUUGGCAUUGAAGUCAGUCAAGCGUUCUGCAAAUUUGGACCUCUUUAUGAUCGCCAGACGUUUAAGAAAAUCCAAGGUCAAAAUUUCCGGAUUCAAUACGGAGAUGGAACUGAAGCUACGGGAGAUAUGGGGUACGAUAGUGUCACCCUAGGUGGGAUCAAUGUUCCAAGCCAAGAGAUUGCGGUUGUGGAGAGAGCUUUCUGGCAGGGUGAUUCUGUGACUUCGGGACUUUUAGGUUUUUCUUAUCCUUCUAUUACCUCCGCUUACAAUGGAACGGAUCCAUCAAAAGACCAGCAUCGCAAAAACCAACUCCCCUACGACCCGCUCCUAACGACAAUGUACAAACAAGGCUCCAUAAAUCCCGUCUUCAGUCUCGCCAUCAACCGCGGUGCCAACAACGAACCAGCCGGCGUCCUCGCACUCGGCGGCAUCCCUUCAGAAUUCCAAAGUCUAACUUACGCUCGCACACCCAUCGCGCGAACCAACUUCCUAAACGAAGACGAACCCUCCGCAGCAAUCCCCUCAAAAUACGAAUUCUACGCCCUCUACCCCGAAGCCUUCCUCUACGGCCCCCCAUCCUCCAAAAACACCUCCACAAUGCCCGACCCUACCACCCUAACAAACGACACCCGCCGCCUCAUCCACAUCGUCGACUCCGGCACAACCCUCAACAUCCUCCCGCAACCCCUCGCCGCCAACAUCGCCGCCGCGUACACCCCACCGGCCAUCUCCCCCAGCGGCGGCAUCUACGUCGUGAAUUGUCGCGCCACCCCGCCGAUCUUCGGUGUCCAGAUCGGCGGACAGGUUUUCUAUGUUAAUCCGACCGAUAUGAUUAUGCAGCAGGGCGGCACGUGCUAUGCGACGGUUGCAAAUGGGGGCAUGGAAGCGCCGUUUAUACUUGGGGAUCCGUUUUUUAAAAGUACGGUUGUGGUGUUUGAUUUGGAAAGGAAUGAGGUGAGGGUUGGCGGGAGGGAGUUUUAUUGA